UAUUCAAGCACAUUUUCCUCUCUUGGUCGAUCCCUAAACGUAAGCUGAUCAGUAACAUCCCCAACUAACUGAUAAUCCAACCAACCAAGCGGAAAACGAAAUACAUAUGUACGCAUAAUAUACAUUUGCACUGCAUUGUUGCACUGUUGAUACUCGUAUAGAAAUCUCUGUAGUGGGCAGACUUACCAAAGGAAAACAACGUGUGCAUGCAUUUAUGAAUUGAGAUUUGCUUGAGAUUUGAUUGAGACUGGGGGCAUAUGUACUUUUGUAUGUAUGAACAGUCUUGUAAACUUGAAUAUUAUUGGGAAGACCAGAUUGACAAGUUAUGGUAGAAACUGCAUCAAAAUCCCCAAGUCGAAUCCUAACCAUUUUAGUCAGACUUUGAAAUCAAUGAAAUAAACCAUAUGUAAGUCAUACACAUAUAUUUUACACACAAAUAUUAUCUGUACGCUCAUGGUGCCUUUUUAUGAAAAUUUACUGGGGCCGAUCUCUAAAAGCUGUGACAAGUAGCCAGUGCCGUUUUAUUUACUUGUUUUAAUUUUUAAUUCAUACAAGAUCCACGAAAGUGAAUUUAAAGAAAAGCAAUGAACUCCACUUUAGUUUGCUCAAAAAGUAAAGUACAACUUUAAAAAAACUUUGCCUGUAAGCUCGCAAAAAUGACGGUCGCAAAAUGCAUGAAGAUAAAGAGAGCUGUGAAGAUUGACUUUGGUCAUUCAUUCAGGUUUCACUGCAGAGAGGCUGCUCACUCAAUAUUAAAUCUUCGAGCUGACUAAUGUAUAGCAUAACUGCAAAAGAUCAAAAGUGGGUCAAAAAUCUAAGCGAUAUUUGAAAUAUAUAAAUUUUUAAUAUAAAAUCUGCAUAAUUAUUUCUCGUAUUUUUUAAACAACACAUUAUGGCACACGCGUAUUAUUUUACUUCGUCUUCAUUCCCACAUCAUGUAAAUAGGUAGUGCAUACGUACAUAGAUAUACAAAACUUGCAGUAGAUAGUUUGUUCAUUAAAUUAAAUUAAACUGAACCCAAAAAACGUGUCUUAUGUAUAUUAUUGAAACAGAUAAAUUUGCACUCUGUUUCAUGUUUUUGCGAAAUAUUACGAUUUGGCACUAUUUAAAAUGACAUAAGAAAUGCAUCAUGCGCCCUGCAAUACGAAUGUAUAACGCAUACCUGCAGAUGAUUACGUAUGUAGCAAGUAAUAGCAUUUUCUGCUGCAGACCAUUAUCAAGGAAUUAUAAGGCGAAAUCAGAUCAUCAGCUCUGAUAAGUCAAGGGCGCACUCGAAUCACUUUUGCUUCAUUUUUGGAAUAUCUAUACAUACGUACAUGGAUAGUAGCAGUGCUCACUCUUGUUGUGUGCAUGGCAUGCUAGCUAUUUGUAUCGUAUCAAUGCGUGAGUCCAACUUUAUUAAAUAAUUUGCAGGUUGAUCUUUAUGAUUUUACGAAUUUGUGCGUGAUCAUGGUCAGUGAUGCUGGCAGGUUACGCACGAUGAAUGAAGGGAAAAUGGGACGAGCGAGAUGGGUGAUGACGAGUGGGAUUGAUUUUAUUGUUGAUGCAGGACACAGAGGAAAAGGGUCAAGGCUAUGUCAGACUCGUUCGUAGGCAGACAGGUAUUUAUACCAAGAAGAAGAAGAAGCACAAGGAGGCAGAGUUUCCUAAUUUCCAUCGUGGACAUUCCUGUGCUCCUACGUCCUACAUAUGUUCCUAUGUACGAAGAAGUACCGUUCAUUUACAGCAAUAAACUACUUAUGUAUGAAUCAGGAUGACAUUCUAGAGCAGUUGCAGUAUACUUUUUCCUUCAUAUUAUUAGAAUCCUUAUCAUGAUUUGCUGCAUUUUAAUUAUUUACAGCGCAAUACGCCUCGUUGUUGGUUUAUUAUUAUUACAGCCACUAACUAUAAGUUUUUGUCGUAAAAGUUGACUAUUUCAAGUUGACAGCGUUGGCGUGAUUCAGUUGCAUUAAGUUAAUUACUGUAUAAAUUCUGGUUUGAUUUGUUCCACUCAUGUAGCAUUAUCUGUGGACUGUAGAAACUCUUUGGUAAUAGCAUCAAAAUUCUGAGUACUUUAAUUAAAUCUCCAAAAUUUACAAAUAUACAUGCAUAUUUAAUUAUGUGUAGAUUUAUUAAAAUAUUUCUCUAGAAUUGUUUCAUUUUACUUUAGGAUUAAUUAAGUAAAGUCUCCCCGUCUAAAUUUGUAAUGUUUUGAAUUAUAUUAUAUUAUAUGUGAUGUCAUCACUCCAACCGAAUGCAUAAAUAUGUGCAAGCAAGUGGUGUCAUAUGAAGUGGUGUGGCAAAGUAGUUAUUAUUAUAUUUAGUUUUGCAGCAAUGGAGCCCACAUAAAUUGAAUGGUCUGCGUGCAUUCUGUGGCUGCGAGGGAGGAUGAAUUAGGGAAAGUUUGUUUGUAAAGUCCAGCUCUGGAAGAGGCCCUUUCAUUGAAUAUUCAUGAGAUGAAGAUCAAAAUGACAUGACUUGGCAAUCCUUCAGGCUUAAUGUAGUAAUGUAAUGGUUUUGGUACUUUUGAGAUUUAUUGGUUGAGGGUGAAACGCACUUGUGCCGAGCAAGUGGAAGAAUGUCUCCAAAUAUAAAUACACAAAAUUUCCUCAUUGCUGCUCCUCAUGGAUGGAUGAAGGAACAGCGAAGAAAACUAAUUACAUUUGUUUCAUUACAUAAACUGCAUAACCGGUAUUUAUUGUUUCUUCAAAGUCGGCAGUUCCAAAAUCUAGAGCAAUAAACAUGAUAACUUUGGCAUACUGGUAUUCUACGCAAAAUUGUCAUUCCUUCUGUUCCCAAACUAAUUGUCAAAAUGCAAAAUUUAUGCAGAUGCUGACUUACUAAACAGUCAUUUAAUUUUGCAUCGAGCAUGUGAGUCUUUGUGUUUAAAAAUAAAAACAAUUAUGUUUUUGAAGAAUCCGAAACUCUGAAAUGUAGCGUGAGGUUACAACACGUUUUUACAGGUUAUACAUGCAUACUUAAAUAAGUUGGAAGUCAGCUAGCCCAAAGAAUGCAUAUUCAUGUCAUAUCCUGCGCAAUAUCAAAAUUUUAGUGUUGCGGUGUAAUAUAAAAUAAUGAAUAUGUCGGCAACCGAUAAUACAUAAAUAAAUUAUCCAUUAAUGGUUUUAGCACCCAUAAUUGCUUAUAAAAGAACUCUAAUCUACGUCAAUUCCUCCUCUAAAAUUUGAGCAUAUAACAAAAUAUAAUUCAAAUAUAAAAUAAGAUCACUGUAGUUAUCUAAAACCUAGUUUUGUAUUUAAAUAGCUUAACUAUUAAUUGCAAAGAAAAAGCAGAGAAUGUAAAGAAGAUGACCAAAUCGUAACAGAACAUGUAAAUUGUUGGCUGUAUAAGGAUUAUACAACUUUUACUCGUCCAUAACUUUUUCCCUCAGGUUAAGUGCCAAGUUCAAGGUGACCAUGGACAAAUUUUUCAAAGGUGCAUUUUUUCAUUCUUUACGGCAAUUAAAUUUUGCAAUUAAAUCGGGAGGUGGUUACAUAUGUACGUUUAUACAUAGACCAAGAAUUUUUGUGUUGGUGUUAUUACUUAUGUAUAACGAACAAAAGGGGUGCAAAAACUAUAGAAUUUUAAUUGAUACUAAAACAUUCUUUGAUUAAUUCCACUUUGGAAUUCACAUCUAACAUCGGCUGGAUUUGCAUUAAACACUUCAAUAAUACGCAAAUCGUAUCUCCAGGAAUUUUUAUGGCUAGCGUGUGGUACAAGAAUAAGGCUAAAAAUUGUCGUGUUUAUUAAUGCUGGCAUUAUCAGAGGUAUUUUAGGUACAAAUAAAUUAGUACUAAAUAAUCGUAUCGACUGCAAAAAGAAAAUGAUUGUUUUACGGCGAAAAUGUACAAAUAGCAGCAGUCACAUUAAAAUUUUCUAACAAAAGACCAUUAUAGAAUCUUGCAUGUAUUUAGUUGUAUCGUUUCUAAAAAUUGGCAUUCAAGGUAAUGAGCUUCGCACAGCAAAAUUGUGCAAACGAUAUUUCUAUUUUUGCAAACUCAAGGAAAUCUUAGGUUCCUCAUCUUGAGGGCAAUCUGUGACAAGUCAAGUCUUGUUAUCACCUUAUAUCUCGCUUAUCUUUGGACACUUUUUCCAAAGGAACAGAAAGGCUUAAGCUGCAGCUUUGUUACUAAAUAUGUCUGUUGCUUCCUUGUGGAUUAGUAGCUUCCUUCUGGUGACAAUGCUCAUGACGGUGGCACAAGGAAGGAAUCAUCCUGAUUGUGACCACACUCAGGUCAUCAGGAACUUUCAGAGAAUGUGCAAGUCCUAUGCAAUGUGGAAGCGAAGUACACCAAAUCAGUUUAUGCAAGGCGAUUUUGGCAACGACAUAGGUCAAUGGUCUACGAACAAUGGUGGAGGAUAUUCUCCUUAUGGCCGACGAACAGCAGUCCAACCCCCUUGGUGGUGGUAUCCACAGUCUUCAGGUCAACAGGAUGGGGGCGUGGAUUCCCAAACGUAUGGCAAAUCGGAGAACCUGGACCCUAUCUACUACGAGGGCGAGGAAGUACUCGCAACUUUGGAACGAUGGCGCAGAAACCGAGAGGUGGAAGAACACCUGGAAAAUUUCGUUCGAUACCAGUGCUGCACAAAUGGCUGUCCCUUCCCAGGAUCAUACCUGGAAGUCGAGAAACGGACCAAUAUUUGCAGUCUUCGAUAACAUAACGGAUGAAAGUGAAAAUUUUUGAUGUACUGAAUUCUAGUAAUAAACACAUUCAAAAUCCGAAAUAUAUUCAAAUACAUAUUCAAAAUUGAGAAAAUUUAUAUUGUUCUCCAAAUAAAAUGUAAUCGGGAAAUAACUUAUUUGUAUUACUGUACUUAUGACCAUUGGUCAGAAUAUUCCCCUAUUUCACCUCUCAAUAAAUGAUGAAUGAAGAUUGAAAAUCUCUAAUUGAUUGAGAUAGGCGUCUAAGAUCAUCAUUCGGUCCCGUACAA